AUGCCAUCAUUCUAUGAUCGGCGAUUCCACAAUGAGUUGUCAGAUGAAUUCUGGCACAACACGGAUCAUUACCAAGCAGCCCAUCGAAAAAAUAACAUAGAUAGACGUAAAAACAAAUAUAGAAAUCAUAACGAUCUAACAAGUUUAGAGAGAGUGGCGAAACUUGGUUAUGAAUCAUAUUCAAAGCAUAAGAAAUUAAGAAUAGGAAUACAAAUAAAAGAAAUAAAGGCAGCUCUUAAGACACACCAGAUAUUGGUGACAUUUACAAAGAAUCUGAAAAAGUAUGUAAAGAAAAUGUUUAACUACUACUUUGGAUUAAAUCCUCCUGGUAUUGCAGCCAUUGGACGCAAAACCAUGGAGGAGAAAUUAACGGAAAAAAUUGAAAUCUUGGGAGAAAGACACAAUAUCAUGAUAACAUUAAUAAAAAUAAAACGAGUUCAAAUUGCAAUCAGCUUUAAUUAUACUCCGGUGGGAUUAGUAUAUUGGCAAACUUUAAAGAGUAAAAUGAAAAGUGAACCUAGAUGUUAUGCAAAACCUGAAAUGAACGCUUCUACUAAUCAGGUUCAUUUCUCGCUUUUUCCAAAGAAAAUUGAUCAACCCAAAAAUUAUCAAGAUACCGCCAGUCAUUCACAAAUGGUGUUAAGUCAACGACUUCGUCCCGACAAACCUUUAAAAAACCUCAGGUAUGGCGUUCUGUCAACAUACGAUCAAACUUGGUUUCUUAAAAGGGAAGUGGUGAAAGUAGGGAAGAAGAUCAUGGGCGAUUAUAUGUAUCAAAUGCUAUUACGAGUGUAUCAACAAGUCCCACGUUGCUUAAAUGCACCCUUUCUUAAAAAACCUACGAUGACUGUUGAUGAACCUAUUCUGAAAAAAAAGAUGACAGCGAAUUUAAGUAUAAGGGUAUUUGCUCCCGAAAGGUCCAAAUGUUGUAACUCGAAGCCAAAGUCGCCAGGUGCUUGGAUCUUUAGACACUAA